AUGGGUAAUAUUGUGCUCAACAGGCAGGCAGCCAACCAGCCAACCAAACUCAGCAAGCAGGCAGUUCUUAUUGUUGAGGGGAGGCUUUGGGAACGUUGUGUUAUCGAAGUCGGUUGUGCGGGUAUUAGUCAGUCGUCAAUUAGUGUUUGUACGUAUGUGUGUGCAUCAGCAGUGUUUGGUAUCUUAAUUAGAUUUUUUGAGGAGAGUUUUAAGGACUGGUCUUUGGCGCAGAAAUAA